AUUUUUUCUUUUGGGUAUGAAAACAGAUAAAAACGAGAACUUUUAAAACUACAAUUUGGAAUAGGACACCUUUAUAUGUAUUUCUAAUCCUUUAUAUAUGUAUUCCUAAUGUUAUGUGGAGUACUGCUAAUGGUAAUGCAAAAAAUAGAGUUUACAUGGUAACAUAAAAAUCGUGAAUAUUAACAUUAUCGACAUGAGUGAUUUUGUCGACAUUUUUAGUUUCGUAAAGGUGGCGGUGCAGGACUUCAGGAGUUCGAUCUCUCCAACCUCGCCAAUUAUUCUACUUUAUCGAUCUCGAUCAAAUGUGACUGUCACUCCAGCAUCCCCUUAAAAAUUAAAAACUUUCCUCCUAAUGAAAAAUGAUAAAAGUGUAUUUGAUUUAAUGUUAAUUAGGAUGUUUCGUAAAGAUUAGCCGCCAACAGAAACAUUGCCACAAACUCCUGCAAUUUGUUGAACAUUCUAUAUUAUAGCAAAAUGUACUCCCAACGAAACAUUUGGCUCGCUAGCUAAUUAAAUCUGUGAUUUUUAUAUCUGGAGGUUGUAUAUACAAUAUAUACAAUACAGAGCAGAAUAUAUUAUUCUUAAUAAAUUGCCACAUUUUUAACGUGCCUAGUCUCGUUUUAUAUCAUUUUAUAUUUAUGUCUCGAGUCUCAUCAUAUUUAUUAUUUGAAUCUAAAAGGAUUUUCCAGAAUGUCAUCAGCAAGUAAUUUGAAAAAUUUUCGAUAAUUUUCGGUACACUGCGAAAUGUAAAGUAUAACAGGAAAAGAUAUGCACUUUUUUUAUAAUACAAAUAAUUGUGCAAUUUAUACUUUUCUAAGAAAUUUCCUCUUAAAUUAAAUUUUCCUCUUUUGAUUAGUUUCACUAGCUAAUUGAAUGAUUAUAUUUUGCAAUAGCUAUCAAUGCAUUUCUCAGUAUCAUUACUCUUUAAAGUUGAUGCAAUACAAAUUUUCCAACUUAUCUUCUAUUCAUCAAUAAGUGUUGUCCUUCUUCGUCUGAUUGCAAUAGCAUUGAGGUCUUGUCAAUUGUGUUCAGAUAAAUUAUUUAUAAUUUAUAUAUUUAAAAUUUAAACGAAAAAAAAUCAUGUUAAGAUUAUGAGAAUAUACAUAAACAUUAACGGCACAUUGAAAAAAUGUGCCAUAUUUUUAUAUAUCAAUCAGCUAUAUAACGGUAUUAUGAUCUAAAAGUAGUGAUAAAUAAAAUAUUAUCGGAAAUUCAGUUCUAAUUUUUACAAAGAAUUAUUAAUAUAUUAAUAAUAAUUCAUUAUAUUACAGUAUUGUAUCGUAAAGUAUUAUAAUAUACACGAUAUUAAUAUUUAACUUGCUCUGAAUAUAAGGAAAAUAAUGCAAAUGAAUUGCAAUCAUAAGACAGAUAUGUACUUAAAAAUACAUGUAUUAUUAGUGCAUAUGCAAAUUUCACAUUGUCAUGUGUCAAUUAAUGACGUCGCUACUUCGCAUAAAUAAAAGAGUGACAUUAAUCGCAUUACUACAAAUAAGAGAAGAGAGACAUUGAUGACAGCUAGCAAUCCACGCGAUUGUAUAUGAUAACGUCAACGUAUUAACAUAAUUUUUUACACCUGAUUUUUCUUGCUUUAUUAGAACAUGCAUUCGUGAGAAAUUCUUUUAGUUAAUCAAUUUUACUUUUUGUAAAAUAAUUUAUGAUUUGUCAGGCAUUUUCAAAAAAGUGCAUUCUAUUAUAUGUAAACAGAUAUUUUAACGAAAGCAAUUUCUACGAGUUCACAUUUCGAUUUCAAUAGACACUGAAAUGUGAUCUCGCGAUGUGAUGAAAAUCAAUAAAUUGGUCCACACUCGAAAAUUAAUCAUCAAACAAAUGCCAGUUUCAUAUAUCACAGGCUCUAACAAAUGUAAAAACGAGUAAUAAAGCACUGAAUAUUAGAGAUGAUCAUAAGACAAUGUAUGAAAAGAAAAAACAAGUGGUAGCGAGAGACAAUAUAAGAUAAUGAAUAAUGAAGAUGUAAAAUAGUCAAUGAAAAUUGUCUGCGAUCGAUUCUUUUAUUAGCGUUGUUAGAAAUAAUACGAAAAUAUUUUCUGAAAUAGAUUUCAGACGCAGUGUCAAAGAACUAUACAAUACGUAACAUGUGGCAAUAUAUUAUUAUCAUUUUGCAUUGUUAAUAUUGUCAUCUAUUAAUUAUAUAUCUGUAUAAUUUAUUAAUUUUGUAUCUCUUUUUAUUACGUAAUUACGAAUACACGCGAACGCUAAACUGUUCUUUGGAAAACUCAGAAUAAGUAUUUUGAAUUAAAAGUUACUUAUAGAUUUUCGUUUACUUAUAAAAUUUUAUUCCAUUCGUAUCUUUAUUUUAAAUAUUAAUGCCAUAAAGGAUAAUCAAUCAAGGCAAUUAGAAAAUUUAUAGCGAUUGUGCAUUAUCGAUGCUAUUGGGGAUAGAUAGUAACAUUUUAAUUGUUAGAAAGUUGGCAAAAAUUAGAAAUACUGUUGAAAUUCAUAAAUGUGUAAUAUUAUGUAUUAAUAAUUGUAUUGAGAAUUAUUCAACAUUAUUUUAAUUAUCAAAUCUCUUUCUCCGCUCACAAAUUACUAUAAAUGACUACAAAUUAGGCUAAAAUGUAAUAUGAUUAUGAUGAUACGCCGAUUUCAAUACAAAUCUUUCGAGAAGCAUUUUUCUCCAUAAAAGUAUUAAUUCUUAUCUUAUGAGAUACAUUGGUUCUACGUAACAUUAAAAAUUAAACCUUCCUUAAUAUCUCAAUCUGGACGAAAAUCACAUCUAAAAAUUUCAACGAAAUCCUUUACGCGAACACUACUUAUAAUUUAAAGAGACUGAUAAAAUUAAUUCUAGCGAUUCCAGCAUGGUCCCGCUGUUUCUGUCUUCUUCAUCACAUUGGCGGUCCGCGGUGGCGUGUACCACGAGUGUAAUUACGAUAAAAUGAUGAGGCAAGAGAAGGGAGGAAGAGAGGUCACGCGCGCGUAUGUUGUAUGUACCUAGUCGCCUACAACCUCUGUUAGGAGGAAGGCAGGUGUUGAAGGAGGGAGCUUAAAAUCGAAAGUGCAGCUAACUCAUGGCUUUCGUGCCGCGCGACGUUUAGUCUGCCGCGGUGUCCCGAUCUAAUGUAAACCGGCAAUCUUUCUCUCAGCCUCCUUAACGCUUUCUACUUCGUGAUUUCUCCUCGGUUCUUCCGCACCUCUUCGCGACAGAAGAGAAUACCGAAUCUCUCGGCAACGAAAAUCGCGUAAAUCGGUAUUCCCCUUUCUACCUUUUUCUUUGUGAAUCACCUCGUAAUUCCAAAAUUGGCCAAGAUAUUGUAAGACAAACUUACUAUUGAUAUUAGAAAAGAAAAAAGAAAUUAAAAAAUUACAUAUGUUUAUAUGGUUUGCCAUCACUCCGCUACGAAAGCGUUCUGUAUGAAGAUUUAGAUCGAUACACGAGCCAGUGUGUGGAAAAAGUAGAAAGUGCAAUGUUCGAUUGGAAAAAUUUUUGCAUUAGUUUGUAAAAGAUAUAAGGACAGUUCAAUACUUGAUAAACUGAAAACUUGUUGACAAUUCGUUAAACAAAUUGAUUAUUUCAUUCAUAACAACAUUAGAAAAAUAAAUUUUAUAAGAGUUUAUUUGUAAUUUCCUUAACAAUACUAUCUCUUUUUAUAAUGGUAUUAUAUGGAUGUUUAAACAAAGGUUAUUUAAUUUAAAAAUUUAGCACUCACUAAAAAUUGGAUACCAAAUAUUUAAUGAACAUGAUUUGAAAAAUCAACCUUGUCAGAGAUAGAGCGAUUUUCUGUUUUGAUUUCCAUCCAUUGUAUACGCUUUAUAAACAAACAUUUGUUUUAUUUCAAACAAACUUUCGUCAAAACAAAAAUAUUAGUCAUAUGAAAAAUGGGUAUGUAAAACAUUUUUUAUAGACAUUAAAGAAGAGACGAUGGUAAGAUGGCAUUCAAUUUAUAAACCGUAAUUAGAUAAAUAGAAGCAGGAAAAGUUAUAUUAAAAACAGAAAAUUGCCUCUGUUCGAUUUCUAACAAAAUUAAUUUUUUUUAAUUGUGUCUACUAAUUUCUUUAUUCAUUUUGAGUAUCAUAAGUAUUAUAAAUAUAACAAAAUAGACUAAUCUUUUUUUCGAACAUCCUGUAUAUCGUAAUGCCAAAAAAGUUGUAAUUUUCGAACAGUUUUACAGUCCCACAAAGAUAAUCUGCAAGGAUUUCUAACAAAUUACAAAGUUCUUUCCGAAGAAAAGAGCUAAAGCGACAAGGUGAAACAAAUAAAUAAAUCGAAAAAUGUCGAACUAUUAACGUAGGCAGAAAAGAAUAAUGGCGAACAUCGCAUGCAUGCGCGGGCAUUCAAUUUACGUUUAACCGCGUGACGAUACGGAGAACUCAUGCACAGUUAUUACUUCCUCGUCUGAUAAAUAACAAGAAUUACCGUUAGCCAUACAACGAUCCAAUCGAAAGAAGAGAUCGCUUAAAAAGGAUCCGUUCCCGUUUUGUUGAAGACGAAGCUGAUCGACAUUCCGAAGUAGAAAGAACAAGAGGACGACAGAAUCAUUGGUCGCAGGGCAUCCGAUCAGAGGAAGAAGGUCAUCCUCGUUGUAUCAGCAACUUCGUCUUUCGAUAUGCAAGAGUGUCGGCAUGAAAACGGGAAAAUUGAACCACGAACCAGUCCAACCGAAAUGGCAGCCGAAUGUGUGGAAAACGGAAAGAGAAGCGACGACAAAAAAUCAGAAACACAAGAUGAGGAAGCGUAUAUUUCCAAACUUCGACAAGCAAUUCCGCAAUGUUGUGCAGUCGGCGCUAAAAAUUUACUCUUAAUUACUUUUGGUUCAACCUUGGGAUUUUCAACUAUUCUUAUCCCAGCAUUGCAGAAGGAAGAUUCGGACAUCAAAGUCACGAUGGAGGAAUUAACAUGGAUCGGCAGCCUGAAUUUAUUUCUCGUACCGUUCGGUUGUUUGGCCAGCGGACCGCUGUCGCAGUAUCUGGGCAGAAGGAAGACGAUGAUGCUAGCGAAUAUACCGUUCGUGAUAGCCUGGUUGAUGUUUCAUUAUGCUAGUAAGCCCGCGAUGUUGCUCGUGGCACUUGCGAUGACGGGCCUGACGGGCGGCCUCCUCGAGGGCCCGGUUAUAACUUAUGUCGCCGAGGUAACGCAGCCCUACCUGCGGGGGAUGCUUUCCGCGACUUCGUCGAUGGCGGUGAUCCUGGGUAUCUUCACACAAAUGUUGAGCGGCAGUUUAGUCGGCUGGAGAACGGUGGCGCUCAUUAAUGUGAUUUACCCACUUCUCUGCUUUUUUGCUCUGUGCUUCGUACCAGAGAGCCCGCACUGGCUCGCCGCUAAGGGUCGUCUCAAGGAAUCUGAACGCGCUCUCUGCUGGUUGCGGGGCUGGGUAGGCCCGUCGAUGGUGCGAAAUGAAUUUGAAGCACUCCGCGAUUCGAUUCAAAAGUCGAUUCAAACCGACACGGACAAGGAAGAGAUCUGGCGAGCGUACACAAAACGGACCUUCUAUCUACCUUUCUUCUUAGUCAGCGCGGGCUUCUUCAUCAGUAACUUCGGUGGUAGUAGCACCCUGCAGACUUUUGCCGUCGUGAUAUUCGAGAAACUGAACACGCCGAUCGACGAGUACACGGCCACGGUGUUCCUGGGCGUCGCCCAGGUAAUCGGCACCAUACUCUGCGUGCUGAUAAUCCACCUCAUGGGAAAGCGCAGGCUGACCUUUUUGUCGGUCGGCGGUAGCGGUAUAUGCUUGCUCAUUAUCGCGAUCUACGGUUACCUCAACAACGCGGGUUACUUUGACGGAAUCAGGUACAGUUGGAUACCUACUACCCUCCUGAUAGGCAGUGCUUUUGCAACGAAUCUCGGCAUCAGAACGCUGCCAUGGAUUCUCGCGGGCGAAGUGUUUCCCGUGAAGGUACGCAGCACCGCAACCGGCGCGGCCGGCAUGGUUGCCUACGUCAUGGCGUCGAUUGCGAACAAAACUUUCCUCUACAUGAUAAACGGCAUGUCACUGCCAGGCACAUUUUUCUUCUACUCUCUGAUUAACCUAGGCGGUUUGUGUCUAUUGUAUGCGAUAUUACCCGAGACGGAAGGUAGGACCUUGCGAGAAAUCGAAGAACACUAUGCCGGUAUACAGAACCUGAAGAAUCGGCCGAAAAAGGAACAGCAGGCCACCAAGGAGAAGUGGGCAGUCACGAAUCCGGCGAUCGUGUACGACGAGAGUACCGAAAGUAAAUUGUAGAUUGUCAGAAAUCGACUGGCAACUUCACGAAUUAGAUCAUCAACGUAAUUACAUUUCAAACUGCCGACAAAAUUGUCGGAAAUCGACUGACAACUUCAUGAAUUAAAUCAUCAACAUUAUUAAAUUUUAAACUGCUGACAAAAAUCGAGUAUUCUAUUAUAUUAUAUGUUAUAUGUCAAAUUAGACGAAGAAAAUUUACGUAGUUUCUCUUCUAUAGUUACGUACGCUUGCAAAGGGCUAUUAUGUAUUUCUUUUAAACGCAAAGUUAUGUAAUUAAGAUAAUAUAAAUUUGAUCAAUUUAUGUAAGCAUGUUAAAUAAGUAUAACUGCGCGGUUUACGCCGCUACUUAAUAACAUUAUUAUUUAUAUGUAUAAUUGUAUGUUGGAUGAGAAAUAAGAAAAAAUCGAUUUUGUAAUAUAGAAUACAAUUUGCAUGAAAGAGAGAGAGAAUUAUAAAGCUUAUUUGAUUGAUGUCUAUUUAAUGCAAAGUGUACAAGAUCGCAAGCGAUAAAUUAAACGGGUUUUCCCCAAGAAAAUUUCUGGCAAAAGAUAGAAAAACUAGUGCUAUUGAAAAAUUUUAGUACGUAGUAUUUUUAUUUAUUAUUUUAUAUUUUUAAAGAGGAGCCGGUUGCCAUAGAGUGCUUAAUAUAAUCGUUGAUAUUACUACUAAUCUUUAGAAAUGGAGAUAUUGAUUUAUCGUUUCUAAACUGGUCGUGGUUCUUUUUGUCAAAAAAUUUUUAUAGCUAAAUAAUAAUUAAAAAAUUGAUGAAAAAAUAAGUUUCUAAAGAUUAGUAAAAUACAUGACAGACUUAUUUUGUUAACUUGAGAUUCAUUUUCUUCGUUAUUGCUCUUCUUAUAUUUUACAUUUCUUAUAUUUUACAAAAUUCUUAUAUUUUACAAAGACUUUCUCAUUCUCUUAUUGCAAUUGAACUUAUGUAGAUUUAAUGAAAAUGAAAUCGAAAAUGUGUAACAGAAACUGAAUAGAAUUAAACCUACUAUAUUAACGAACGUUAUUGCUUCUCUGUGAUGAUUCGAUAAUCUUUAACACUAAAUGUAAAAUAUAUUUUAACAAAACGUAAAAUGACGUGUCAUAUUUUUAUAAGUAAACUUAAAUAGUUACUAAAUAAUUUAUAUACGUUCUUAAUAAAAAAUAUCAACAAAUAGAAAUACAUACUAAAUUUUUAAAAAUUCAAUUUCUUUGUGUAAUAAAUCAGGCAGCAAUGCGGGACGAGCGCAGUAAAUAGAGCGCCGCAAAAUUUUUGUAUAAUCUAUAAAAUGUAAUAAAGAGUCUUUAAAACUUA